AUGUACACAGCUGAGCACCUGCUGGCGAAUGCAGCCGGUCAGGCUCUCGCGAAGCGAAGCGCUGAUGAAAUGCCGCAGGCGUGGGAUGCACUCAAUCGCUACAUCUCCGAAGUUUUCGGCAAGAAACAGACAUUGAACGUGUCGAAUUUCUGCAGAAUCGGCUGGAAGGUGGAAGACGGCUUGCACCAAGUCCAAAUGAGGCCACACUUCAACAUCUCCGAGGCCUUUGCUCGGAGCUGCCGCGCAGACUCGCGGUCCCAGCUGCACGCACCGCCAAGCCUCACCUUUGUGGAGGAGUUCAACUUCAGUAAAUGUGCGCUUCGAUUCUCCGAGGGGCUAUCCAAAGACCGCUUGUUCAUGUGUUUGCGGGCCAUCAUUCAGCAACUGACAGAGGCGAUCGCAUCCGGGCGCGAGGUGAGCAUAGAGAUGGAGGUGGGCACGCUUCGCUCCUCACACCGGGUGGUCACCUUCAACUUUUUGGCGGAGUUCUUUGCCCAAGUGGGCUUGCAGGUGCCGCCAGAAGCGGCCUCCAAGCAAGACUACCAGCCGUCCAACACCUUCGCUCCUCCUUCCAAGGAUGCUUUGUCCCUCACCGUGGGCGCCGGCCAGUUCCUCGGCACGGUCAAAGCCACGGACCUUGGCGGCUUCCGUGACACGAGCGUCGGUGCUCCUGUGAGCUCGCUGGGAACCAGCGGCAUCUCCAAAGAGGAGCUCGCACAGAGGGAGGCAAGAGACCGGCACUUGGCUGGGAUAAGCGAAGAGGCAGAGCAGGUAUUUCAGCAGAAGGAGCUUUGGGAGCACCACAUGAGGCGAUGCAUCGAGGAAGAGAAGAAGGAUAUUGACUGGAGACAUUCAAUGGAGAAAGACCACAAGCAGAUGCUGAAGGGCCAGAUCAUCGAAGCACGAGAGCAGCGGGCAACAUCCAAGCGGCUGCAUGUGGAGCAGGCCUCAACGCACGACUUCCCGGAUUUCACAAAGCCGACAGACAUCUCUGUGCAGGACUACGUUGUGGAGCGCAAGAUGCACCUGAAGGACGAUCUAGACCAGCAGGUGAAUCUAAAGAGGAGGCAAAAGGAGCAAAGGAAGGCUUUGGAGCACGAAUUGGACCGCAUCAACAAUCUGGCAUGCCACAGGGACUUGGCCCAGCAAAAGCUUCGAGAGCGCGACAAAGGCCGCCAGGCUUUGCAGGAGUGCCUGCAGUCCUGGGAAGAUACCAAGCGCAUUCGGGAAGCGCAGAAGGCCAUCCAUGAGUUCAAGAAGAGACCCAGCGCGUCCCGGUCCGGCCUGGUGGACAUGCUGACCGGCCUGCGGACGUCUGAAGGCUCACUCAGUGCGCGAGAAAGGACUCCAAUGAGUUCUCUCCAAGUCCAAGAUGCACCGUUGACGGACAGAGCGAGGCAUGUGCACCUCCCAGAAGUGCCCGCAACGCCAAGUGACCUCUCCAUUCCGCUCUCCAGCCGUCCCACCACCGGCUCGGUGCGGCGUUUCCCCAUCUCGGCAGCGGCAAAUUUGGCUUUGACAAAGCAGCGCUUGAAGGAUCGAGGGAUGAUGUGA